CCAGGGAGGGCAUUUGUCUGACCAAUCAGUUUGAAGGUAAACACAGGACGGCGUUGGGCGGCGCUCGCGGGCCUGACAUAGUACGGCGGGUUGCUAGAACGACCGAACAGGCAAACAGCUCUCACACACGCUGUCCACCCGCCUUCUACCAGCGGUAGGCCUACCUGCUGCCAUUGAUUCACUUUGUUCGGAGGGAAUACAAACCUAACCCGAGGAUAACCUACUGAUCGGAAUAAACUAAAACAAUCCCUUCCUCAUGAAAACAAAAUCAUGGGGAAUGGAUUCUCAGAACAACCCGGUUUCCUGCCCUCCGUCCCCUUCUUCCAGUCCUUUCACAUGGCCAUCCUGGGCCUGGACUCUGCCGGCAAAACCACCACGCUGUACCGGCUGCGCUUCAACGAGUUCGUCAACACCGUGCCCACCCGGGGCUUCAACGCCGAGAAGGUGAAGCUGUCCCUGGGGGGCCACCGUACCGCGGCCACCUUCCACUUCUGGGACGUGGGCGGCCAGGAGAAGCUGCGGCCGCUGUGGAAGUCGUACACUCGGGGCGCCGACGGCAUUGUGUUCGUGGUGGACUCGGUGGACGGCGAGCGGCUGGAGGAGGCCAAGACGGAGCUGCACCGCAUCGCCAAGACCAUGGAGAACCUGGGCGUGCCCGUGCUGGUGGUCGCCAACAAGCAGGACCUGAGGAACUCCCUGACGCUGGCCGAGAUGGAGCGGGGCCUGGCGCUGAAGGAGCUGGGGCCCGGCACGCCGUGGCACCUGCAGCCUGCCUGCGCCAUCACUGGGGACGGCCUGCGGGAGGGCAUGGAGAAGAUCCACGACAUGAUCCUGAAGCGCCGCAAGGCCCAGCAGCAGCUGCAGCAGCAGAGGAGGAAGAGGUGAUCCCGGAGUCACUUAUUGGGAAAGAAAAACAGGACUUUUAAAGGAAGAACCGAUCAUGUAUAUAUCUCUAAAGUAAAGCGUGAGAUAUGUUGAUCAAUGUGAAGGACCCGGGAUGUAUCCUUGCCUCGGCUGCGUGGAUCUGUUUCCGCUACAGUAUAUGUUGAACGUGCUGAGUUUUAUCAGUUCAGAUUUGAGCUCUACUACUUACCCCCGUCCCCCCCAUACACACACACACACCACCAUGAUCCCCAAUGCUGGGAUAGCUGCUGACCAGGAAAGUGACUCUUGAGGAAAACAGUUGGAUGAUGAUGAUGAAGAUGAAGAUGAGGAUGAUGAUGUUUUUGAAAAGGAAGGAUGUUGAAAUGUUCCAAGGGUUCGGAGCGUGAGGCUCCAGAGGUUGUAAAGGCCAGAGCGGUUGGGACGGAGAAAGAAUUUGCGGACGAUGUACGAAGGAUUAAUUGAAUGGCUAUUCUGAAAACGUGACCAAAAGUGAUGUAAAAGAUUCUUGAGAUGGGUGUAGAACAGUCAUGAAGAUGUGGACGUUGAUGUACCGAACAGGCAGAGGCAAGUGGCCAUUUUGUUCACCCCCCUCUUGCUCCUGGCGAACAAACUGUGAACACUAGAGGAAUCCAAUAUCCCAAACACACCCGUUUCAAUGUGGAUCUUGUGUUACUUUUCUUUGUUUAAAAUCAUUGUAUAGUUUUUUUUUGUUGUUGUACUUUACUCUUUAUAAGUGUUGCAACAUGACAUUAGUUUACCUGCUGCCGCAAUACAUUGUUUACCUUGUCCAAUUGUCAAAAAGCACUUUACACUAUCCCAUAGUGUUUCACUGUUUAAAAAAAAAAACGAGCAUUUCAUUUCAGAGUUUAACAUUCAGGCUUGUAGGCUCCUGCGAGAUGCUACUGUGUAUAGUUGGGUCUUCAUUGGCCACACUGCCGUCAGGUAGAUUAAUUUAUGCAUCAUCUUUUCUGAAAUAAAAUCUAUUAAGAGCAAUCUCCA